GCGAAGCUCCAAGUGGCCCACGCCCUCGGCUCAUGAGUCCUUCCCUCGCCCUCAAGACAUGCAAUGCUCCAUUGUCGCAGCAACACAGGCUCAGGCAUUAGGAGACUUGGCAGAUCUUUGCUUGAUAGGGUCCUGCCGUCGACACCAGCACACUCACUUUGCUCGGAACAACUCUUGUGCCCGCAAGCCCCGCCAAGAUGCUCCCACGGUGAGACGUCUCACAGGCGUGCUGGGUGUGUCCCUGCGCCAUCGCUGCGAUGGCUGCCAGCAAACGCAGCUGGUCGGAAUCAUUCAUGUCAGCGAGCAGACUCUCCGAAGCGAGCCGUAAAGCUGGCAUUUCUCGUAUGGCGCCUGCUCGAUCGUGGCGACCGCUAUCUGUGUCUCCUUUCCCUCACUUUGUCGGCCGGAUUGUACUUACAAGCUUCGGAUACAGAGGUCGCGAGACUGAAGCUGCGGCAACUGAGUGGACCGAUGCAGUGUGGGAGAGCAAUUGCGGUUCCCAGGGUACUGUUCUGGAUCCUUCCGGUAUGACUUCUUGUCGAGGGUCACCUCCUCGGCCAGAAAUGUGCACGCAGGCACGGGCAUGGACCUCCGGGUUAGGAGGUGCGGCAACUGAGUGGAACAUUGCUGAGUACCUCUAUCGCUGCAUAAAGAGUUUGGGACUUCUCAAGAACCAGAAUCAGCACCUCUCGAGAACCUCUCAGGAACCUCCCGAACCACGUCACCAUGCAACUCAUUCGUACUUUCACGGCCGUCGCGUUCGUAACCCUCUCCCUCCCCAUGAAUGGUCCUGUGCUUGGAGUUCUCAUCGGCGCAUGCUGCCGGGAUGCUUCGUGCAUACAGUGCACCGGUGUUGGCGGCUCCUCCUCAGGCAACAACCGUACUCUACUCCCAUUCGAUGCGUCGUCAACUAGGCGCAAGAGGCAGAGGCAAGGUAUCGGCAGGAGCGUCAAGCACGACAGCCCCGCUAUUCCCACGCCUGCAAACAUCCGGCGUCUUCUGAAAUACUUGACUCUUGACAAAGCU